AUGGCGUCCACCUACACUCAGCUUGCCAAAGUGGUCCCAAAGUUGCACGCCUCGAGUCAAUUUACACUUGACGACAUCGAAUGUCAACCCGCUGCAAUUGGCACAGCCGUCGAGCAAAUUAAGGCGGAGCUCAAAGAGCUUAGAGAGAGGUUGAAAGGCAAGCAUGGCAGUAAACAAGAUGUCAUCACCGCUUUGACGAUUUUGAAACGCGAUGGAUUUAGCUCUGGUGAGUGGGAGAAUGGCACAUAUAUUUGGAAAGGUCAAUCUCUCAGUGGCCUUGGGAAAAUCGAAGAGGACCUUCAAAAGCAGAAUGAUGAAUUGCCACUACAGACGAAAAUUAUUGAUGACGCUGUGAAAGAAAUUAAUUGGCAUCUUGUCAUGCUCGGUGUCAGGUUGUCUGAUCCCUGGACUCCUGAUGACAUAUUGGACUACAUGGGACAAUUACGAAGAAAGCUUGGCAAAAACGGGAACAAAGAUAAAGAAAAUCUUCAAGCAAUUUACAAUGUGAUCGCUGGGCUGCAAAGGGAUCAAUUUACUUCCAAUCCCAAAACCAUCGGAGAAGCCAACGAGGCAAUCAAGGGGGAACUCAGAGACCAGAGGAGCACGCUGGACAGUGAGGUCAUCAAGACGCUGACCAAUUUGAUAAGCAAGGGGAUGAGUGAAACGUGGGAUGAGAAGAACAUUAAUGGCCUCUCAAAAAUACAUGGUGAGCUUAGCACUCAACAAAGUGAGUUGAAUGAACAACCACAAAAUAUCCAAAAUGGCGUCAGCCUAAUCACCGGGGAGCUUAUCAACCUCAGAGGAACGUUGCAAAAUCAUGUAACUAAAAAGCUGCAAAAAUUACAAAAAGAUGCACUUGGCGAUGGACAAACUUGGCAUAUUGACGAACAUUCUGCCACAGGCCUCACUCAAAUCACCACAGACAUCGAGACCAUAAAAACAGAGAACGUUAAGGACGUGAAGGACAAACUCAAGGAGCUGUGCACGGCGAUAAGAAUUGAGGCCAACGAGUCAAGCAGGGACUUAAAGCGUCUGAAAGGUGACGGUCUUAAUGAGUUAAGAAGCAUUUACAGUGACCUUUACGAUUUGUACUUCGGCCCGCUGGACAAUGUCAUUCAAUUACUCAAGAAGUUUGAUAAAUACGCCGACGAGGCCGCUAAAAGAAUUAUCGCAGACCUCCACGCUUUCGUCGACCAGGAGAUCAAGGAAGCCGAAGAGACUCUUAUCAGGGAGGCACGCCGGCAAUAUGUCUCCAACAUCAAGGAGGCGCUGAAGGCCUUCGCCCAGAAGGUGGAGGAAGAAUUGAGUCCCUUGCCUCCGUUAAUAAACGGGGAUCUGCAGAUAGGGUAUAAGGGGUUUGUGUAUGAUUUCCAGCAACGCUUCGAGUCUCACAUCUCCCCUCUAAAGGGUACGCUGCAACUCGACGCCCUGUCCACAGGCUUCAAGCGGUUCCACCUGGCGCUCUCGGGAUACCUCAGCACAGAGAUCAGGAGGGUGCACAGCGAGGAGAGUAAAAAGAAGAAUCCCUCACUGCCUCCGGCAGAGGAUCACUACGCCGAGAGGCUUUACGGCGUCACCCACGCGCUAGAGGAGUUGCUGGAGCACAUCGGCAGGGAGAAACGUUUCGACCGCAGACUUCCCGAAAUGCUCGAUAAACUUACCAAGGCAGUCGGAGCCCUGCGACCGGAGAAAUUCGCCAAAGUCACAACUCCGAUACUCGACGGCGUGGCGGAGGCAGCGGACAAGUUUGAGAAGGAACUGAGAACAGUGUACAUCUCCACAUACGACGGGGCCUUCGGGGACUGCGUGCUCUACCACGCGGCGAAAAAGACGCACACCCCGGAGGCCUCCAAAUGCGCCUUCGUUCUGCUGACAAUAACCGACACGCUGUUCCGCGAUUUGAACGAGCUCAGAAUGAAAUGCGCAGAUGAGUGGUCUCAUAUGUUAAUAAAUCCAUUCACCCCCCUGGGCGCCUUCCUCCAGCAACGCGGCUACCGGGUCACCUCGGCGGGCGUUCCGGACGGCGAGCUCAGGAACGACAGUGACUGCAGCGGCCAGAAGAUUAGAGAGCUCACCGAUAAUAUCAUGGAGCCACUCGACGAACUCCACGACAUGCUCAAGUGUUACCUGCGUCUCUGUCACUUGCGUGUUCCCCCUGAGCCACGGUACCCCGGCACCGUCAGGGACAUUCUCGCGUGGUUCGCAGGGCUUCCUUACUCCGUGCUCUAUGAGCGCGUGCAGGCGCAUUGCAACGUCCUGUUCAGGGGCGAGGGUGAUGCAGUGGUCAAGCAUUGCUUGGGAUCCAUCCCAGGCGCACUCAGCCUUGUCACGCACCGCUGCAGCGCCCUGCUCACCACCAUUUGCGGUAACGGCAGAGGCUUCGACCACGCCGACUACCCCUACGCCUGCAACUUCUGGGACAACUCACGCGGCCUCCACUACCCCUCAGACCUCGCCGAUUUGUUACAUAUGCUGACUCAUUUAUGUAAAUGUUUGCUACUUGCACUCAACUUUUUGCGCGCACGAUGCAAAUAUGAUGCUGCCACGGGCCACGGCUGGCGCGACUGCCAGUACGGCAGAAGCGUCCCCGCCGCCAGCUGGCAAUGUAACAAGCACUUAAUGUGUGAACCAAAUGGCCGACCAACGUGCCGACCAAAUGGCCAACCUAUGUGCCAGUCAACGUGCCAACCAAAAUCCCCGCUACAGGCCCAUUUGAUGGACCAUCUGGCGGGCUUCCUACCGCAUAAGUUGGCCUCCGUCGGUUGUGACUCGCAGUGCGACACGUGUUCUAUCGCAUCCCCGGCAUGCCCUGUGUCACGCCCAUGGGCUUCUGGGACCUGA